AUGGCAACCACGACCCACAUCAAAGAGACCACGAACGCCGAGGGUACACCAAUUAAGCUCGCAGUAGCCUACGAUGACAAGGUCCACAACUAUUCCAAGUACGCAUCUUACCUUCCAGUGUACGAUACCACCACCAAGUUCCCACCUACAGAACUCUUCGAUUUCGACGAUCGCGGCCACCACGCCGAACCCGGUAAAGCCAACUUGCUUUCGAAGGAAAACACCAACCUUAAAGUCACCAAGCUUACACCGCGGACUGGUACUGAAAUCACCGGCCUGCAGCUCUCACAGCUCACGCCAGCUCAAAAAGACGACCUCGCCCUCCUCAUCGCCGAACGAGGCGUUGUAAUCUUCCGCGACCAAGACUUCAAAGACAUCGGCCCAGCUGCCCAGAAGGAAUUUGGCCAGCAUUUCGGCCGCCUCCACGUCCACCCUGUUGGCGCUCACGUCAAGGACCAUAUCGAGUUCCACUCGAUCUAUUUGGGGAAAGACAACCUAUACCGCCUCGGCCGCAGCGAUGGCAAGCUCACCACCACGGGUUACCACUCCGAUGUCUCGUAUGAACAUCAGCCGCCUGGUAUCACGCUUUUGACUCUGUUGCAAGUCCCCGAGACAGGCGGAGAUACGGCGUGGACGAGCCAAGCAGCGGCCUAUGAUCGACUGUCUGAGCCGCUGAGAGCUUUCCUCGAGGGGCUGAGAGCGGAGCAUAGCGGGUUUCCUCAAGCCGAGAACGCUAGGAGAGACGGGCACUUUGUACGCAGAGAGCCAGUGAAGAGCUACCAUCCAAUCGUUCGAGUGCAUCCUGUGACGAGGCAGAAGGUCUUGUUUGUGAACCCGGGCUUUACGAAGAGAAUUGUGGGGCUGAAGACUGAGGAGAGCGAGGCGAUUCUGAAGUUGUUGUUUACGCACAUCUCGCAAAGCCAAGAUAUCCAGGCUCGCGUCAAGUGGGAUGACCGGACUGUUGCACUUUGGGACAAUCGUGUGACAGCACACACUGCUAUCAGUGAUUACAACACCAGUGAUGAAGGGGAGGGACUACGUCAAGGUUUCCGCAUUACAACUCUCGGUGAAGUCCCAAUAGGCGUCAAUGGCCUGAAGUCAGAGUGGGAUUGA